AAAGCCUCUUCUUGCUUUCCUCUUCCCUCUUCAUCUUUAAUGCUCUUUUUCCCUUUCUUUCUCGGCUCUGGUAUUCCCUUGGUGUGAUUCUCCACCAUCUCCCUAAAGAGCCAUCAAACUUUAUAAAAGAAAAAAACAUAAAAGGAUUCAAACACCAUGGUUUUCUCUUCUGUUCCAGUCUAUGUAGAUCCUCCCAACUGGCAGCAGCAACAAAAUCAUCAUCAUCAUCAAGCAAAUGGCAGUGAGAACACUCACAUACUUCCACCUUUGCCUCCACAGGCAAAUCAUGUUGGAGGUGGUAUUGGAGCAAUCAGACCGGGCUCGAUGGCAGAUCGAGCCCGGCUAGCUAAGAUACCACCUCCAGAGCCAGCUCUGAAGUGUCCUCGCUGUGAUUCCACGAAUACUAAGUUUUGUUACUUCAACAAUUACAGUCUCACUCAACCCCGUCACUUCUGCAAGACUUGUAGACGCUAUUGGACAAGAGGGGGUGCUCUUAGGAAUGUUCCUGUGGGUGGAGGUUGUCGUAGAAACAAGAAGAACAAAAGGAGUCGCUCCAAAUCUCCUUCAGCAAGUGAGAAACAAACACUUUCAAGUCCAUCAAGUGCAAUACCUACUUCAGGAGGAACAAUCACUCAUGAGCUAAUAGGUCAAUUGCCACAACCACAACCACCUAACCUACCUUUCAUGGCCUCUCUACAGAAUCUGAGUCGCUAUGGAGUUGGAAACAUGGGUUUAGGUUUGCGUGAGAUUCAAGGACAGACCACGGAUCAUAUGGGGUUUCAUCAAAUUGGUGGUGGUGGAGGAGUGGAUCAGUGGCGGUUGCAGCAAUUUCCUUUCUUGAAUGGUUUUGAUUCAACUUCAGCUGGUUCAUACCCUUUUCAAAGUGAAGGUAUUGAGGCACCUUUAGGCUUGGUUGGAGAUAUAGCUGCAAGUUCUAGGGUUACUACUCAGAUUCCACCAGUUAAAAUGGAAGAAAAUGGAGCUAUAAAUUUAUCAAGAUCAACUCUGCAGAAUGUCUCGGAAAAUAACCAAUACUAUUCAUGGACUGAUAUUUCAGGUCUUGCAUCUUCUUCCACUAGUCAUCUCUUGUAAACUUUGACUCCCCAUCACCUGAAUUCAACUCCUUGCUUGAAUUCAAACCCUUCACCAUCAGAUCGAUGGUGAAAACGCAGUUGACAGAAAUUAACGCAGAAAUAUGGUAAAGUUAAUGAUCUUCUUCUUGUUGUAAUUUCUGGUAAUUGAUUGUUUUAUGUUUUAUGUUUUUUUUUUUUUUCUUUUGAAUCGAAUCUAGUAAUUUGUGUACUAUAUAAGGGCUUGUGUGUGCAUGUAAUGUUUUGUAUGUUUGCUA